AUGCUUCCUCUAAGUCUUCUUGUCAGCGCUGCCAUCUGUGCCCUUUUCUUUCGAUGCUCUUUAUGCAUUGAUCCGCAGUACGAAUAUUGCGAAAGCAAUCAAACAUGUGGGAGCAAAAGCUUCACGUUUCCUUUCGGCGUAGGAAAUGGAAGUUGUGGUCUCCCUAGCUUUGAGAUCGACUGUGUGCAGGAGUUACGUCCAGUAAUUGGAAUAGGGAACACCAACUACACAAUAUUACUGAUUUUCUUUGACAAUCGGACAUUUAUGCUAACAAAUGACAAGAUUUUCCAAGAUUUCACAUCUUCUUAUCUGAUCGAUUCAACCUGGGACUCGGGCAACAAAAUCUUUAAUAUCAUCAACGUUAGCAACGCAAGUGAAGAAGUUUAUAUGUGUGGUGAGAAAUGUGUAUCAUAUCCACCAGAAUAUCUGAAUCUCUCAUGUUCCCCCAGAAUGGUGAACGUUCUAGCAGCAACAGUGCAAUGGAAUUAUCCCCAAGAACGAGAACAUACUUGUAGAGGUUGUGAAAAAAGUAAGGGCUUUUGUGGGUAUAAAACUCCUCAGUUAGGGGACUUCUUAUGCUUUUGCCAGGAUGGACCUCAUUCAAAGCACUGCCCGAAAGGCAAAAGAGGAGUUGUAAUAGGUGUUGCUAGUGGAGCGGCAGGCUUGCUGAUAGCUGCAGUAGUGGUUGUAGUUUAUUAUUGGAUCUCAAGGCCUUCUUGUGAGGUGGAGCAAUUCCUUCAUGAUUAUGUUGAUGAAAUGCCCAGCAAAUAUUCAUAUUCUCAACUGAAGAAGAUCACCAAUAAUUUUGCAGAUAAAUUAGGUGAAGGCGCUUUUGGUGUGGUUUACAAAGGAAAGCUCUCUAGCGGUACUAUGGUGGCUGUGAAAAUUUUGGAUCAGUUGAGACACAGUGAGAGCCAGUUCAUGAAUGAAGUUGCAACUGUCGGAAGGAUCCAUCACGUUAAUUUGGUUCGACUGAUGGGCUAUUCCUUUGAAGAAGCUAGAAGAGCACUUGUCUAUGAGUACGUCGUGAAUGGGUCUCUGGAGAAGUUUAUAUUUGUAGAAAAAGGAAAAGAACAGAUGCUCAAUUAG